AAAGGCUUUGAAGGACAAGGGUAUCAAAGGACAGGUCUUAAUGAUCACUCCAGCUGGAACCAGAAAGCAGGAGAAAUGAGAGUUGGAUUGGCAAAGGGAGGAAAUUGGAACAAGACCUGGAAACAAAAACUGGAAAUCUGGGAAAAUCUGGAAGGUAGAGGAGAAAGAAGUACUAGGAGUAUUAGUAGGAAAUAGCAAAUGCUGAAGAGUUUGAUGUCCUGCAAGGAGCUGGUAUAGGAGCCUAGCAUAAUUUGAAAGACAGAAGUAAUUAAGUGGAGCAAGGGAGAUGCCUGAUAAAUAGCCAGAAUAGAGAAGAAAAACUAAAGUGGUCUGGACAAAAAAGUAUAUAUAUGCAAAAGACGUCCUCAGAAACAGAGAUGCUGAAGUCAGAGACCCAGAGAAGGAGUUAGAUUUGAGUAAAUACUGCUUAUGACAUCAAGUUUCUUCUUCUGUUUGAGGACGUAGUAACUGUUUUACAUGGCUGUACCCAGUGGUGAAAGUUAAACUGAGAACUUAGAAUAUAUGUUAACUGUUCCGUAAUAACUGCCAAAAGGCAUGACUCUGUCCCUUUCUAAUUACAGUGUGACUAAAGACAGCUAAUCACCUACAGCGAGCAGGGUAGUCUCCUUCAUAUUCAGCAUGAGAUAAAAAUAUGUAGGUACUGAGGCUUCACAGAGCUGAAGUAGUGACGGGCUGAUUAGUAGAAUUUUACUUUGCCAUUAAUGUCAGUAGAAGUUUUUCUUCCAGUACAGGAACGUAUAUAGUAAUUUUUUGUGCUUAUUUGAGAAAAAACAAACAAAAAACACCCAGUAAAUAUGAAAUGAAUGAGAAAUACGUGCCAGCUGUAGUAAAUAUAAACUGUCUCUUCUAAGGAAAUUGUUCAACAGUUAAUAGAGAACAGUACAACGUUCCGAGACAAAACAGAAUUUGCUCAAGAUAAAUACAUAAAGAAGAAGAAAAAAAAAUAUGAGGCAGUUAUUACAAUUGUAAAACCAUCCACUCGCAUUCUUUCAACAAUGUAUUAUGCAAGGGAACCUGGCAAAAUUAUCCAUUUGCGUUAUGACACUCUAGCUCAGAUGCUUACUUUAGGAAACGUCCGUGCUGGCAACAAGAUGAUUGUAAUGGAAACGUGUGCAGGCCUUGUGCUGGGGGCUGUGAUGGAGCGAAUGGGAGGCUACGGAUCCAUCAUCCAGAUGUAUCCAGGAGGGGGACCCAUUAGAGCUGCCACCAGUUGUUUUGGAUUUCCAAAACCUUUUUUCAAUAAUCUUCAUGAAUUUCCUCUCAGCAAAGUGGAUAGUCUUCUCUGUGGGACAUUGUCUCUGGAGACUCUGCCUUCAGAACCUGAAGACACUGCAUUAACAGAGGAAGAAACAAAUGGACUGGUUGAUGAGAAGCAGACUUCUGUGCAGGGAACAGAAGAGGAAUCUUCUGCUGAAACAGCAAUGGAGAUCAACCAAACAGAAGAGCAGGAAACAAUGGACAUUAAUGCUGAGGAUGCAGAAUUUAAAGAGAACAAAGAAAGAGAAAACAAAGAAAAUGUUCGAGAAAAGCAAAGAAAACAAUGGGAGAGAACGAAAAAGCUAACAGAAGCUGCUGCUUUGCUGAGAGAGAAGAAUGCAGAUGGCUUGCUUGUAGCCAGCAAGUUUCAUCCCACUCCUCUAUUACUGUCUUUACUGGAGUUUGUUGCUCCUUCACGGCCUUUUGUUGUCUACUGCCAAUAUAAAGAGCCCUUAUUAGAGUGUUACACAAAGCUGAGGGAAAGAGGUGGUGUUGUUAACCUAAAGCUGUCUGAAACAUGGCUACGAAGCUACCAGGUCCUACCAGAUCGAAGCCAUCCAAAACUGACAAUGAGUGGAGGCGGAGGGUACAUUCUAUCUGGUAUAACUGUUGUGCUGGAUAAGGGCAAAUCUGAUUCCAGCAAUUUAGAAGCACUGAAGAUGGAAGAGCCGUCAUCUAAAAGAUGCAAAGUUCAAGACCUUUGUUGUUAACAGUGGGAGAAUUGAUUUGUUUUUCAAAUCUCAGGAGAUACGUGGUUAGUAAAAUAACAGGUACAGUUUCUGUGCUCUUGACAGCACAGAAAUAGGACCUGUCAUACAUCAGUCAACAAAAAGCAGAAGAAUUAUGUGGUAGGGAGAAGUGCGUCUCCUUACCAGUUUACGUGGUCAGAAUGAGAAGAUAAACUGUUGGAAGCAAACCUGUGUCAGACAUCACACUGAAAGCACACUAACUUGAAAGAGAAGCCUUGAUGGUCAGGCUGAGAAGUUAACGUGGACACGAGCGCUUUCACUGAUGCUUUGUCUUUUGUUUGUUGCCAAAACUGGAUAAGAUUACCUAGUUUUUAAAACGUUGAGUCUGAAUUAAUACAUGUAAUUUUGUUUCUCAUUUUCCUAGAACAAAAUCAGGGUAAAACAUUCUGUGUAGUGAUCUGCUCCCUCUUCACACACUGAGCCCUGCAGUGUUGAGUAAUUUAAGGAAGCAGCAUAAGCAGCAAAAAUUAUUAAUACAAAAAACUAUUUUCCUUUCCAAAGGAGCAAUAAAAAGACAACGCUAAUUCUAGAACUUCACAUAAUGACUCAGUGUUUCCUGAAAUAAAUACAGGGGAAAGCGUAUGUUAGUAAAUGAAAUACCAAACACUUAAACGAUAUCUGUUAGUGUUACCUGUCAUUUUCUUAAUUCUUUUAUGUUUAAGACAUGACCAUUUUGAAAGCUGCCGUAUGUAUGUUUAUUUAUUUACAGUUCUAUUCUUUCAUAAUGUGUAUCUCUUUUUUUUUACCUUUGCAUUUGCCAUUUUAAUUAAACUGUGGGAUAUUUUUCCUAA